AUGGUUAUCUCACAUUCUUCGAGGCUUACUGAGUACAAGGGAGCAGAACUAGGGUUUUGCAUCAUCAGACUACAAGGUUUGGUUCCUUUCUGUUCCUCUAGCUUAUUGUUUUAUAAACUCUUGAAGAGAUUGGCAUGCCUAAGGUUCCCCCAACCCAACACAGCACAAGAGGACGACCACACUUUUGGGAUUUGGAAAUGUUAG